UUGUGGGUUGCCGUCGUGACCCACAUGUCACAACACGGAAAUGAAAAUUCAAAACACUAAUCCGGCAGAUUCUUGAUUAAUCGUGUGGAUUUAGUGCAUUUUCUGUCAAAAGUCAUUUGUUUGCGGUCAGUGAGGAAUCAGGCCCCAGGCUGGACUCUCGACGUGUGUUUUUUCAUGAGUGUGUGGAGUGUUAUUGAUGACAGCUACUGAUCUUAAUCAUGAAGCUGAGCUCUUCAGUAUUUGCUUUAUUGUGUCUCAUACUUGAGAUUGUGUCCAUCGCUCUUUUCCUGAGAGGAUUCUUCCCUGUUCCUGUCAAAUCCUCCUUUUCAGCCAAGAGCAAAGUGACUGAUAUUCCUGCAGAGCCACAGACAGGUAAUAAUGCAGUUAACUCCAGCCGAGCGCCGGCGCUGCUGUUCAAGCGUGUGGUGAUAGUCCUGAUCGACGCUCUCAGGGAAGACUUUGUGUUCAGCUCUAAUGGACGGAGGUUUAUGCCCUACACCAGACACGUGGUGGAGAAAGGCUCGUCUCACAGCUUCAUCGCCAAAGCCAGACCGCCCACCGUCACCAUGCCCAGAAUUAAGGCUUUGACCACCGGCAGCAUCCCUGGAUUCAUAGACGUGGUGAUGAACCUGAACUCUCCUGUCCUGCUGGAGGAUAAUCUCAUCUGGCAGGCCAAGAGCGCAGGCAAGCGGAUCAUCUUCUACGGCGAUGACACAUGGGUUCGACUCUUUCCCAAACACUUCAUGGAGCAGGACGGCACAACCUCUUUCUUUGUGUCAGACUACACUGAGGUUGACAAUAACGUGACCCGUCACCUGGACAGCACUCUGAAGAGGGAUGACUGGGAUAUUCUGAUUCUUCAUUAUCUUGGUCUGGACCACAUCGGGCACAUCAGCGGACCCCACAGCUCUCUAAUAGGACCCAAACUCAUGGAGAUGGAUGACAUCAUCAAGAAGAUCCACGCCUCGCUCAUCUCAAAGGAGUCUGAAGGGACCCUGCCCAACUUACUAGUUGUGUGUGGAGAUCACGGCAUGUCUGAAACCGGCAGCCAUGGAGGAUCAUCAGAACAGGAGAUCAACACCGCGCUUGUGCUCAUAAGCCCCGCCUUCAGGAGGAAAGUGGGACUGGAGCGUCCGGCUGUGGUGGAGCAGGUAGAUCUGGCGCCCACCCUGGCCCUGGGUCUGGGGUUACCCAUCUCACAGAACAGCGUGGGGCGUCUGAUCCCAGCCGUGUUUGAGGAGUUAUCGAUGAGAGAACAGCUCCGGAUGCUACAGAUCAAUGGACAUCAGCUCAGCCAACUCCUGCAAGACAGUAAUCCUGUCUUCCAUAAGGAAGAUGGCUAUGAGCAGUUUCGUGUGGCGGAGAAGGCUCAUGGCAGCUGGAUGAAGCUCUAUGUGGACGGAAACAAGUCUGAGGUUUUGAGUAACAUGGGCAAGAAGGUCAGAAAGCAAUAUCUGGAUGCACUGAAGGCCAUGAGUUCAGCUCUAAGCAAACAGAUGGGCAAAUACGACCUGUACUCUAUGAUCAUCGCCAUGACCUUCAUACUGCAGGUGUUGUUCCUGCUGUUGUUGGCCAUGCCGGAGGCGUUGAGCAGGGACGCGGUGGUGGAUGUCCCGUUGGCAUCGUCUCUGCUCUCUCUGCCCUUCUACCUGCUGUGUCUGUUCGGCUCUGCCCUCCAUGUGCUGGUCUGCACCUCUGCCGGCGGGCCCUGCUACCUCUGCUCUCUCCCCUGGGUGCUGGUGUUCUCCGUCAUCCUCCUGUCCUCCGCCUUCACUUGUGCUCUGGUUGGCAUGGCCGCCAGGAGGCUGCCCACCAGCAAUAAGACCCCUACUAAGAGCUCAGGCUGGGCUCUGUCAGAGCUGGACGCUCUGCUGCUUACCGGGACAGUGUUUCACACCCUCAGUUUGGGUUCCAGCAGCUUCAUCGAGGAGGAACACCAAACCUGGUACUUCCUGCUCAACACGCUGUGUCUGGCCGUGUUCCAGGACGUCUGCCGGCGGUACUUCAGGGAGCAGAGACAGGGGGGCGAGGAGGAGGAUGAGGGGCCGCUGCUGCCUUCCGCUUCUGACGCAGGACUGUCUUUCUCCCCGGCGCUGGAGCUGGGCGUGAGCGCAGGCUCAGAGAAGUGGCUGGCACUGGGGACUCCGCUGCUCACACUGACCUGCUGUCGCCUGCUGAGGGCACUUAACCAGACUGGGGUGCAGUGGGCGCACUUGCCCGACUUUGGACACUGGCUUAACAGUGGUGAUCAUAAGGUGUUCCUCUCAGUGCUGGCGGCGGUGUCUCUUCUCCUCAUCCUGGUUCUGGUUCAGCGUCACUGCUCUCUGGUGUCGAAGAUCGCUCUGACUCUCGGCCUGCUGGGCGUUUACAGCUACCGCGCCGCUGUCGGAAACGUCCUGUUCCCAUGGCCACACAGCAGCCGCCAAGUCUCCAAGGGAACCGUGGAGGCUCGAUUCGUCUACGUUUUCGUCCUGGGGAUCUUGUUCACGGGUGUGAAGGACCUGUUGCGUUCGCAGGUGAUGUCAUCGGCGGUGGACAGCGGGCGUCUGAAGAGCAGAGGGUUGUGGGAAGUGUACAGUGGUGUGGUUUUACUGGUGGCUCUGCUCUUCAGGGCUCACAAUCUGCCCACGUUGGCCUGCUGUCUGCUCGUCCAGACCAUCAUGGCUCAGUUCAUCUGGAAGAAGCUCCACUAUGACGCCGCUCAGACCACCAUCAUGCACUACUGGUUCGGACAGGCAUUCUUCUACUUCCAGGGAAACUCUAAUAACAUCGGGACGGUGGACAUCUCUGUGGGCUUUGUGGGUUUGGAGAGUUAUGUAGAAGCUCCUGCUAUUAUCCUGACAGCACUGAGCACAUACGCCGGACCCCUGCUCUGGGCCUGUCAUCUGCUCUGCUACCUCAGCUCUCAAACAGACAGGGUUGUAAAUGGACUCGGUCAUGGGAGCUACUGCUUCGCGCUCCUGCGCUCCAUCCCAGCUGUUUUUUACGUGGUUUUGGUCACGGCUCUCCGAUACCACCUCUUCAUCUGGAGCGUGUUUUCACCCAAACUCUUGUACGAGGCCAUGCACACCCUCAUCACCACCGUCGUGUGUUUGUUUUUUACCUUUAUGGAUCAAGAUCGCUCGACCAGACCAUGAACACAAGGCCAGAACCAAAGUCAAACUCAGGUACAGAACAAACUGUGAAGCUGGAGUUUCGUGUAUACCAGAAGGCGAAACUAAUCGACUUUGUGUUGAAGGAGAAGCGUUAUUUAAAAAGGUCUAAGGUGUAAUUUUAUGGGUGAAAGAGGUUGAGAUUUCAGAGCUCACAUUGAGAUUUGGCUCGCUUUACCGACUUUAACUGAUUAUUGUUAUUUUUCAAUAGUGCAGAUGAUAUACGGCACAACUUGUUGACGUAUUUAUGAUCAUCUGUAUCCUCUAUGCAGUUUGUUUCCCUCCUAAAGCUUUACAGAUAAAGCAGAGUGUGAUUCUUUCUUGGUAUCUUUUGCAAUUUCCGUUCCUGACCGUAGCUUCACCUCUGAAAUAAUACGAGAUAAGAUGCAUCAUUAAUAACUCUCCCCUCCCUGAGAUCGCAGCUGAUGUAAACUCCUCACUUGAAAGCUUUAAGAUAUCUUAAAAAGUCUUUUAAAUCGUGUCGAAACACAGAUACAUGUGACGUUUGAGUUGGGAAUGUGAAUUGUAAACUGAUUUAUCUUGGUAAGUGGUUUUUGCUUAUGUUAGCACAUUUAGAUCUGAUUAAUAAUAAAACAAACCAUUUUUUUCAAUGAGAGUAAAUCUUUUCCGCAUGCUUUUUUAAAUGUGUGAUUCAAAUAAUUUUCCUUUCCGAUUUGUCUUGUUUUGGUGCUGUUUUAAAGUAAGGAACUGUUAUUUAUACAGAGAUACUAACAGCUUGAUGUUACUUUACGAGAUGCAGUAAGCAAUACCUUUUGUCACUCGGUUUCUAUCCUCAUCACGAUGUGUUGCUGCACCACAGUGAAAUCUCUCUGGCUCAAAACAUUGAUCCCAUGUAUGAUUAUUAUGGUCUGGCUUAUUUUGUUGAUGCAUCUUUGUUUUGACGAAUUCUGCUGUGAAAAUGUCUGAUAAGAUCAAAAAUGGGAAGUUUUUUUUUUUGUUUUUUGUUGUUGUUUUCCUGAAAGAAACCUCUAUUUCUUACCAAGGCUACGUUUAUUUCAUGAGAAAUAAAGUAAUGAAAAUGUAAAUCUUAUUAUAUUAAAAUAUUUAAUUAAAUAUUA